AUGAAGUGGUCAGAGUUAGGAGGAGGAGAAGGAGAAGGAUGCAAGGAGCACCCAAAUAACACGCAGCUGCCAGGUGUUUGCUCCUCUUGCUUAAGAGACAAACUCUCAAAGCUCUACAAAAACGAACCAACUCAUCAUCAUGUACCUUCUUCCUCUGCUUAUCAUCCUCAACCCUUCUCUUCUGCCACUCUAACCUCGUCAAAUUAUGUGUCUCCGGCUUAUCGCCGACUUCACCGUCGCCAUUCUUCCUAUGUGACGGAUUCUGUUGCUUCCAUGGUUAGCUUCGAUUAUGGGUUGAAGAAGAGCAAUUCGAUUACCUUUGCUUCAAAAAGCCGACUCAAAGAUAGGGAAAUUAAUGGAGCAAACAGAGGAAGUAAGAAACGUAGUUUUUGGUCCAAGCUACUCAAAUUUACAUGA